GUUGACGUGUGGUUUGUAUGCUCAUACAAACCACAAGCGUAACACGACCACGGCCGCAUCGUCGCUCGCACUCACUUUUCGAUUCGACUCGCCAUGUGCAUUCGCUUCCAAGCUCUCCUCGCUCUCCUCCUCGUGACGGUCUGGACGAGCGUCGUCGGUGCGGCGACCUGCACCGCCUUUGUGGCCGACACCGACUACUUUGGCAACGACAUUGCGUCCACGUCCCAGCCGACGGCUGCCAACUGCUGCAACGACUGCGCCGCGACGCCCGGCUGCAUUCUGUACGUCUGGACCAACACAAACGGCGGCACGUGCUACCUCAAGAACGCCCAAGGUCCCGCGUCCAACAAGCCCGGCGCGCAGGCCGCCGCGCUCACGCGCAGCUCGUGCUUUAAUUUUCAGUUCAACGUCGACUACCCGGGCAACGAUAUUGCGUCGACGCUGCGUGCCUCUCCCAGCGACUGCUGUGGCGACUGUGCGACGACGCCGGGUUGUGUCUUGUACGUCUGGACGAGCCAGAGCGGCGGCACGUGCUACCUCAAGAACGCCCAGGGACCGUCGAUCAACAAGGCAGGUACGCAGUCGGCGCGUCUCGCACCGAGCUCGUGCUCCAACAUCCAGACCAACAUCGACUACUUUGGCAACGACCUCAAGGCGACGUUGCGGCCGGCGGCGAGCGACUGCUGCCGCGACUGCGCGGCCACACCCCGCUGCGUCCUGUACGUCUGGACGAGCACGAACGGCGGGACGUGCUACCUCAAGUCGGCUCAAGGCGCGGCAUCCAACAAGCCGGGCGCGCAGUCGGGGUUCCUUGGCAACGUCGCCCCGCCACCAGCUUGCUCCAACCUUCCGAACAACCUCGACUUCUUUGACAAUGACAUUACGUCGACGGCCCAGACCAACCCGGCCAACUGCUGCGGCGACUGCACGGUGACGCCUGGCUGCGUCCUGUACGUCUGGACGAGCCAGAGUGGCGGCACGUGCUACCUCAAGUCGGCCCAAGGCGUGCAGUCCAACAAACCCGGAGCUCGGGCCGGACUUGAGUAA